ACUUGGUUUCGUUAUCGUAAGACAAGGGUUUUUGGUAGAUGUAGUUUAUAAUUACUUCAAACGUUAUUAUUUGUCAUGAACGACAAAAGCAUUUGAACUACAUUACCCAAGAGGUAAUAAUCCUGAUCCGUAUGUUUGUAUCCUGCCUUUUAACACCGAUGACAGCUGGAGGAUGGAGGCUGUAUUAGCCAAGUAUGAAAACCAGAUAAAUGUUUUUUCUGAGUACCUUGAAGACUUGCCUGACACUGAUGAACCUGUUUGGAUUUUAGGAGAGUGUUACAAUGCUAAAACAGAAAAAACAGAGCUGCUAUCAGACGUCCACUCGCGUUUAUGGUUCACAUACAGAAAGAAAUUCUCUCCCAUAGGGGGAACAGGCCCCUCUUCGGAUGCAGGCUGGGGAUGCAUGCUACGGUGCGGGCAGAUGAUCCUUGCACAGGCCCUGGUAUGCUCCCAGCUUGGACGAGCCUGGCGUUGGAAGGCAGAUGCUGGACAGCCUGAGGAGUACCAGCGUAUCCUCCAAUGUUUCCUGGACCGGAAAGACAGCUGUUACUCAAUACACCAAAUGGCCCAGAUGGGAGUUGGCGAAGGGAAGUCGGUGGGAGAGUGGUACGGCCCCAACACAGUGGCCCAGGUGCUCAAGAAGUUGGCACUGUUUGAUGACUGGAACUCCCUGGCUGUGUACGUGUCAAUGGACAACACUGUGGUGAUCGAGGACAUCAAGAAACAGUGCCGCCAGGAGAGCCGAGGGAGCAGACUGCGUCCAAGGCCCUGCGGCUGGGGAGAACCCUUCGCUUCUGGGGUGACACCAGAACAAGCCUGUUCUAACACUCAUGGGAACCGAGCCACGACAUGUCCACUCUCCCAAUCUCAACUGCUUUCCGACUGGAGGCCCCUGUUGCUUGUGAUACCUCUCCGCAUGGGAAUCAACCACAUCAACCCUGUCUACAUUCAGGCUCUCAAGGAGUGUUUUAAAAUGCCACAAUCCUGCGGCGUUUUGGGUGGGAAACCCAACCUGGCCUAUUACUUCAUUGGAUUUGUAGGAGAAGAGCUGAUCUACCUGGACCCCCACACCACCCAGUCUGCCUUGGAGUCAGAGGCUGGCAGUGGAGUGGACGACCUGACCUACCACUGUCUUAGGAGUCCACGGCGCAUGAAGAUAACGAACCUCGACCCCUCUGUGGCCCUGGGAUUUUUUUGUAAGAGCGAGGAGGACUUUGACGGUUGGUGUAACCUGGUCCAGCAGGAGAUCCAGUUGAAGAGAAACCUGCGGAUGUUUGAGCUGGUGGAGAAUCACCCAUCCCACUGGCCCCCCUUUGUUCCCCCCAGUAAACCAGAUGUUCAGACCACAGGGGCAGAGUUUAUUGAAUCAACUGACAAGCUGUUUGAGUCGGAAGAGGAGUUUGAGAUUCUCAAUGUGUGACCAGCUUUCCAUCCCGUCCUCCCAGUCCGGUGGAUCAUGGCAAAUAAGUUGAUUCCCUCGGCUUACCAUGUUCCAUACUGUGCUCUAGAAGUGCCUCAGAACAAUACCCAAGCAAAAACUGCUUACCACUUUGCAAAAAAAAACAAUACUGUAUGAAGAAAGAAGGGUGGACAACCACUUGAGACAAAGUGAAAAAAAUGAAGGCAAGAAAACAGCAUGUACAGUUAAAGAAAAACCUUUUUUUUCUCACUUUGAUGUUUUAACCAGGAUAUGAAGCCAGGGAUAUCACAUUCACCCCUCAUAUAAAACAGGCUUUCUUUGGAAGUCUGUGUUAAAGACUUGUUUGGCAAUUAAGAGAGCGGAAAGCUGUGUAGAUGCAUGAACUGCAUACAACUGCAAGAGGUACAGUCAGACUUCAUAUCACACGCCUCUUCCCAAAAGAGCAAGAGGACCUAGCUGAAGAGACAAAUGGAUGAUAUCUGAAGCCAUCUCCUCAGCACACACCACCUCCUGAUGCCAGGAAACAGGAAAUAUGCAGACAUCUUUCAGUGUUAAAAUAAAACAUUCAAGUAGCUUUUUUUUUUUUUAAAGAAAAGUGCCUCUGAAAUAUAUUUAUGUUCUUCGAUGGCUGGGGUAAGGGUUUUUCUGAGGUUUUGGACAGGUGAUGUGGAACACCCCUGUACACUCAUGUAAAUAUGCCUGACAAUAAAGAUAUUUAAACACUUUU